AUGAUCAGUACUAAUGGAGGAGGAGACGGGAAAGUGGCGGUCUGCGUGACAGGAGCUUCAGGUUUCAUAGCUUCAUGGCUGGUCAAGCUUUUGCUACAACGUGGCUACACCGUCAAUGCCACUGCGGAGAUGAUUGAUCCUGCGGUCAAAGGAACCCUUAACGUGCUGAAGUCAUGCGCCAAGUAUCCUUCUGUGAAGAGAAUGGUCCUAACCUCGUCUGUUGCAUCAGUUGUCUACACAGGAAAACCAGUUGACCAAGAUUCAGUGGCUGAUGAGACUUGGCUCUCCGAUCCAGAAUUCUGCAAGGAACAUAAGCUCUGGUACCCACUUGGGAAGACCUUGGCUGAAAUGGCUGCUUGGGACUUUGCAAAGGAAAAUGGAAUCGACAUGGUCACAAUUCAUCCUGGCUUCGUGAUUGGAAACAAGAUUUACCCAAAGUUUCAUUGUUGGUCGGUUGAUGUUAGAGAUGUUGCAGAAGCUCAUAUUAAAGCCUUUGAUCAUGAGAACCAAGUAUCAGCUUCUGGAAGAUACUGCCUGGUUGGAAGUAGUGUGCCAUUCUCUCAAGUUUUGGGGAUUCUUCAUAAGCUCUACCCAACGUUGCCUCUUGCUGACAAGUGCGAAGAAGUGAAUAGUUUGAAGCUACCGGAGUUCGAGGCAUCCAGGGAGAAGGCAGAAGAUGGCUUGGGGAUCAAGUUCAUGCCACUAGAGGAGUCUCUCAAGGACACAAUUGAAUGCUUAAAGGAGAAAGGAUACCUUCAUUUCUGA